GUGUGUUGUAGUUGAAGAGUGUUCAGUGGUGAACGCAUUCCUUCUUAGUUCCGUGUUAUGUCUGCUGUUAGCAAUGCAGUUUUUAUCGAAUCUGCAGCCAAGUAGCUCACAUUUCUGAAAAAAACUGAGUAAAUAAGGGUGUGCAUAGGUAUCUGGAACUGACGCUAGCAUGUGUGAAAGCUUUAACAUACUGUGCGCACUCUGUCGCGUCGGACUGUACGCACUGUACCGGCGUCUUUGUUGUAAGGGUCCAAACCCAACGCGACCUAACUUCAGUAUUCUGUGCAUUGGACUGGAGGGAUGUGGAAAAAGCUCAAUUUUAGCUGUGCUUAGUGGUGAUGACUUGCAUAAAAUUGAACCAACUGUGGGCUUCAGCAUCAAGGCAUUGCUUUUUGAAGACUGCAUCUUAGAAGUCAAAGAAUUGGGAGGUGGGGAUAAAGUGCGGCCCUAUUGGGACCGCUACUUCCAAGUCUUUCAAGGAAUCAUUUUUGUGGUGAACAGUGGGGCUAGUGAAGAGGACCUAACCCUAGCCAAGUCUGAACUCUACAAAGCCCUGAAACAUACACAGCUACGAGGGCUCCCAUUGCUUGUCUUGGGAAAUUUCUCUGAUGUGGCAGGGUCACGUUCUGCUGAAGAUCUCAUAAAACUGCUGGAGUUAGAGAAGGACGUUGGCGAUGCCAGGCAAUGGUACCUGCAUUCCUGCAACAUUCACGACAAGGACAGGCUGCAGGAAAUAUUCCAGAAUUUCAACAAAAUUCUCACAGAAAACCUUGAGAGAGAAAUAGAGAAGAGAAAAAGUAAUUCUCCCACCCACAGUCAGCGUCUUUAGCAGAGACAUGAUUUGUUUAAAACACAUUUUUGUGAUAAGAGUAGGAUGAAGAGAAAGGAUUGGGUGCUGUGUUCUGACCGAGAUUUUAUGGGCUUCAAAGGAAACUUUAGCCUGUUGUUUUUUCUUUAUAUGAGAUGCAUGCCUUACCUUUAAAAUGACAAAUCUUACAUACAAAAAGUACUCGAGUAUCUUAUGACUUUUCCUUAGAUCUGUUGAAAAGAUACUUUAAAGAUCUGUUGACCUUGUUGUGUUAUCUCUCAUGAGUAAGAAAUUCAUGGGUAAUUUGCAUUCAGAGACUCAUUACUUAGAAAAAUAUCCAGAUAUUUGCUCAAGUUCUGCUUUUCAUUUAUCCUUUAAAAAUCAUCUAAGUAGCCAUCAGCAUGAGGUCAAACCAUUAUGGGAGGAUGGGGAGAAUAAUUUUAAAUCAGUGUAAUUUUUUUUAAGUUUUUUUUAACUUAUGGUAUAGACUGUAAAGGUAAAAUGACAGAUCAACAUGUUGGCUCCAGUUGUUGACAAUAUCCAACAUUUGACCAUAGCAUACAAUCAGGGGUCAGUAUUUCAAAGUGAAACCCCACAAGUUCAGCAUUUUAAUAGCUGAAGAUUCAGUUUUAUUCUUUUUGGAUCCUGUAUUCUCUUACAAACAGCAGCACAUAUGUGUCGAUCUGUUUAAACACUUGGCUUGAACUAGAGUGCACGUUUGAUUUCUUUUGCAUUUUCUUCAAACAUCCCAUCUAGCUUGAUACUGUAUCUUCUCAGGAAUAUCUAUAUGUAUAUAUAUCAGUAAACUUAUUUCCAAUAUUCUCUACCUUUUUCUACUUUAAAUUUAUGUCUUGAUGUUGUAAAUAAACCUUAUGCAGAUCUUCCUAUUUUAUCAUCAAACCAUGUCCAGAAUAUGUUAGAGCUGAUUGCCCAAAUUGCAUCAAGUUAUUGAUUUGGCUGUAUUAAGGAAUUUGCAGCCGUCACAAAAAAGUGGUUAAAAAGCUGCAAACUAUGAGCAUAUUCUUGUCUUUUUUCUCCAUUAAAUUACUUUACCAAUGAUAACAUUUGCUAUAGAUUAGAGUUUUCUGUUGUUAAAGAAUAUAUUCUUAUCCCAGAUGGGUCAUUUUUUAAUUAUGUGUGCAACCUUUUUUUUAUUUAAGUUUGUGGUGGUGUCAUGAUAGGCCUGACUGUAUAUCACCAUAGAAUUGCUUAGACACCAAAGUCUGUCCAUAAGUUAAAUUGUUUGGUGCAUGGCACGAACUUUUUAGAACAAGUCAGUUGUACUUAAAAAUGUGCAUAGAAAUUUUGUACAAAGUAAUUUGCUUUCAAUUAAUUGCUUCGUUAAGUAUUCAAUCUUCUGCAAUGGUAAGACACUAACUGUAGCUGAGGAAGCAGAUUUGGAUUUUCUGUUUUUAUGUGUGUAUUUUUUUCUUUCUUUUGAUGCCCAGUUUAUUUUAAGAUUUCACUCGUUGAACACUUACACUAAUUUUCUGUUUAGAUCAAAGUCAACUAUAUGCCAGCCAAAGAUCCCAAUCUUGGUUUCUAAGUUCUUUUUAAUGGACUGACGUACUGGCAGCAAUAUCCCCCAUCACUAUUAGGCAUUCACUGAUGCACGAUUGGAGGAGACUUUUAAAAUUUCCACAUAAUACACAAAGAUCAUGGAAUGAAAAAGUAUAGUAUAGUCUUUUUUUUUUUUAAAAAGCUGAGAUUCUCCAACAGUUCUUAAACAGCAUUCAAGCUGUUGGACAAAUUUCUAUACAUUUUACUUGUGAUCAAAACCCAUACACUACUCCCUAUCUGAACAUGGAUAAAACAUUUUCUCAUAAACUGUAUACAACAAAUUGGCUUCUCUUAUUACAUGGUCUUUGUGCAUCGUGUGGAAAUUUAAAAAAAAUCUCCAAUUGUAAUGUUAGACUGUAAUUGUUACAGAGCAAAAACAGAAGUGUGCAUGCGUGGGAAAAAAACAACACUCCUUCCUUUUUUUAAUAUUGAACAUUGGAAGACAAUUAUGCACAAAACCAUCAGCAUGGCAGCUAUAAUAUUGGAAUUGUUUUUAUAUUGCUGUGCUGUACAUUUUUGUCAUUUUUAUUUUCAGACUCCACUUCUGAUAACUACAUUUUGAUUUUUUUUUUUUCAUAGGGCGGGAUGAUGUCAUUUAUAGACAGUCUGUUCUAUGCUUUUUGAUAGAGCCACCUCCAUGACUCAUUUCCUCUGGCUCGAUAAUGUAUGUUUGAUGUUUAAAACAGUGUGAUAAAAUUUUACAUGUUGCUAUUAACUUGUUUUAUAACAAAAACUGGUUGAGACUGAUGAAAACAGGGUUGGCUGUGAAACUUUACAGUUACUCCUGCAGUGAAGGGUAGUUUAACAAGCUUUUUGUGACAAAACUGUGCCUAUUAGGUCUCAAUGACCAAGUAGCAAAGAAUUUUUGCUUGUCGUGGCUUAACAUUUUUUUCCAGCUGACAUUUACAUUUGUGGCCUCGGUUACAAAAAUUUAAGCCUGCAGAUAUUUUUGCAGUGAUCUGCUUGAGCCCUUCCUUCUACAGGAAGUAAAACAAUUGGCUGCAUUUUCACCCCCAAAAUAAAUCACUAAUAAUUUGCUGUGUUUGCUUUAGCAAUGUGAUCCAACAAUUUAAGUUUCAGUUUUGUUUGUUUUUGUUUUUGUUUUUUUUUUGCCUUAUUGAGAAUCAAGUGUACAUAAUCCAUGUGGCUGAGCUGUAGAGUUCAUGAUGUAAUCAUUUGUGGCUGGGCCAUCUUGUUGAGCAUUUACCUGUUCAGUAAUCUGCUAACCCCCUUCUCCAACCUCCACCUGUUUGCUCUUAUGUAUGGAAAAUGCUUCCAUAGAAAAUUUUUGCCUCAUUUUGCAAUUAUUACCAUGACUAAGCUUCAUAUUGUGUAUUUUUUCUGGGACAGUUACAGUGCACAGUGAUGUUUUUUUAAUUGUUCUAUUGCUGUUUAAUAGCUGUGUUCUUUACUUUAUUUACAGAUGUAAAUAACUCAUUUUCUCUGCAUCAUUGACCCAUUCAUGUUUGUGCCAGAGAAGAUGCCACAGAACAGUGUUAGGAACACAUAUUUGCCAGCAGAAUAGCACAGUUUGGUUCCAUUUCCUUAUUUAUCUUCAUCAUAAAGCAAAGAAAACUUGUUGAUGUCUGUGUCAGAAUGGUAGAAUUUUGCUCCAGAAUAUUAUGAAGUGUUUGCCUUCAGUCUGCUUGUAUAUUGGGUGGAGGGUGAGGGAGGGUGAAAAACUUGAUGUAUGAGACAGUAAAUGAAUAUAAAUGAGUGAGAGAGAGAAAGAAAGCAAAAGUUCCUGACUGUUUUUGCAGUAAUUAUGGUUUACAAAGAUACAUUUCCCUGGUGGAAGGAGUAUGGUGGACUUUGCCAGUCAUAUAAAUAUAUACAUCAUAUAUUUUUACAGAUGCCAACUUUGUCACUCAUGCCAACGGUGUCUUUUUUUUUUUUUUAAGUGACGGUCAAUAUUGUGAUAAUUUUGAUGCUAGUGUGCUAUGGUAGCAUGCUAACACUUUCUGAAAUUCAUAAACACAUUGCUAGUUUUUUUAUUUUUAGAUGUUUGCUCUCCUACACCCACCAUAAAUAUUCAACGUGUUUUUGAUGGUUUGUUAGUGUUAAAAUGACCAGGUUAUUUUAGAUUUCGUGCAUGCUUUAAAAAAAAAAA